UAUCUCAGUUAUACUUGAACUAAAACAUACCCUAGUUGUACUAUAAAGUUAUGUGACGGUGUUCGAAGUAUUAAUUGAAGUGCAUAUUCUAAUAUGAUCAAAAUGCAGUUUAUUCUAUUUCUAUUUUGUUUCACAUGGACCAAAACACAAUGUGAAUUAUUACAGGCUGUUCUGCUUGAUGAAAAUAACCCAAACGUUAAUUUUGACGAAAUAGCAGAUACGGAUCCAUUGUUCAGUGAUACAGUUGUAAUUGAUGAUUUUGGAGUUCCUGGUACCGAAGGAGCCAGUCAUACAGAGGGAUCCAAAAGAGUGUGUGACGACAUAGCAAUAAUAGGGGCUGGAAUAUCAGGUUCAUUUAUUGCAUGGCGACUCCGAAAUAGCAAUAAAUCAAUUUCAGUAUAUGAAUAUUCACAUCGUAUCGGUGGACGAAUAUUUACAAGCCAUAUACAUGGUGUUAAAGGUUUCAAUGCAGAACUUGGUGCAAUGCGAUUCCAUGAAACGUCUCACGCACUUUUAAAUAAAACAGCACGGCAUCUUGGUCUUACUGUCAUUGAUUUUCCAUUGGGUUACGGUGCUUCAGACUCUACAUUAAUGUUUUUGCGUGGAGUUCACAUGAGAUAUAAUGAAGUUGGUAGCAAGAUGCCGUAUAAUUUAAAACCAGAGGAAAAAAUAUCAUACCGCCAAAUAUUAAGGAAUAUAUAUGUUAACAGUACUGACUAUUCACAACACAAACAUCGAGAUUCCUUUCAUCUGAAGACCCAUGAUGGACUUGAACUAUACAAACAAAGUAUCCAAGCUGUCUUUGCAAAGACGAUAAGCACAGAACUCGCACAUUAUAUCAAAGAUAUCAACAGCUUUUUGUCUGACUUUGGUACCACUAGUGCAGCGUAUGCGUUACCAGCGUCUGAUCCAAUUACCCCUGGAGAAUCGUCUUAUAAUAUGAAAACUAUCAAAGAAGGAUUUAGUACCAUACCAAAAAGGCUAAUUAAUCAAUUCAAGAAUGCAAGCAGCAAGCACCAUGUAUUAUUAAAUUACAACUUAAAGGGAAUAACUAAGAACCAUGAUGGGACAUAUCAGCUUCAUUUUGACAACCACAGAAAUCAUGCAGCACACGAUAAAUGUGCAAAAAAGGUAAUUCUGGCAAUAAACAGAUUAGCACUUGAGCAUUUGAAUUGGUCUGUGUUGAAACAACACAAUAUAAGGGACCUCAUAACUAAAUCCGUUAGAGACGCACAUGCUGUAAAAUUCUUCCUAGCCUAUGACCAACCAUGGUGGAAAAAAAGUAACAUGUAUUCCGAGUUCGCUAUCUCUGAUACACCAAUUCAUCGAACAUAUGACUUCGGGCCUGUUGCGGGCACCAAUAUUUCGGUUUUAGAUGCUGUUUAUUCGGAUAAUGAUGUAACCUUAUGGGAAGAACUGGUAAAACGAGGCCCACGUGUAUCCGGUAAUUCGGUGCAUUCUGUCACAAAUGAAACCGUGUUCAUCAUUCAUAAAUAUUUGGCAGCAAUUUAUAAUAUUGAUAUGCAUACUAUUCCAAAACCAGUAGGCGGAGUAAUUGGUAUUUGGGACGCUUAUCCUAUUGGUGGUGCAUGGUGUGAGUGGUUGCCUGGAUACAUUAUGCCAGAUGUUGAAAAACAAAUGGUCAAACCAUCUUCACACGAUGAAGUAUAUGUUGCUUCAAAUGCUUUUAACUCCAAAUCUCUUUCCUUUUGGAGUGAAAGUGCUUUAGAAGCAGCAGAAUUGGUGUUGGAACAUUUCAAUAUUACAACGUUCAAAACUUGAAUAAACGGGAAAAAUUAUAAAUGCUAGUAC